AUCAACCCCUCAUCACUCUCUGACCAUCUAGUCAAUGGCCUCCUGACAUGACCGCCUCCAAACCAUCAGCCCACCGCACCCGUCGGUCCCAUGCGUUGGGAGCCUGCAAAACAUGUCGUCGCCGCCAUGCCAAAUGUGAUCAACGACGGCCGACCUGCCAGAUGUGUCGGGCCACCGGCGUGCAAUGCGAGGGGUUUGCGGAUGAGAUCCGAUGGAUGCCUACUCGGAGACAUCAAUCCUCGGGAACUAUCGACGGGAGGAGCAGUGAGGCCGAUAAGCAAGGUGCUCGACGCCAUCUCUACACAGAGAAAUCGAGAGUGUCUAUGAGCGAUGCUUUGGGUGCGGAUCUGGUGUCUGGUUCUAUUGAUGCCUCGCUGGCAGAGAUUGAUACCCGAUCGCGCGAUGCUGAGAGGCCAUCACAGGGGGAUAUCGUGGUCGGGCCCUUCGCCGUGCUAGAUCUGGCUAUCAAUCCGCCAUUGCCCCAGGCUGAUACUGUCGUUGAAAAUGCGGGGCCACCUGGCCCGCUAGAUGACAGUUCCGUCGUUAGUCCGUCCCUGUCGCAGGAGUCGAUCGCCUACAUGAAUGAUCUGCUGCAGUGGUCUGAUAUUCUGAGCUUGGAUCCCCAAAUGCACAGUGCCGCCCUGUCCGCUUCGUUUGAUCUGGGAGAGUGGUUGCCGCUGGAAUCAUCACAUAUGCUUACUCUGGAACCGAACACUACGAGCGAAGCACCUGAUCAGACUGCCUACAUGUCUGUGGAGCGAGACAGUCUGCGGAUGAUAACAUCCCAGCCGACGAUUGUUUCCAGCCCGCCCGAUAUAUUGGGAGAUGCUCAUUUUCUCCUGCGGCAUUUCCAAGACCACGUUAUCUCCCGUAUGAUGGCGAUUCCCCUGGAACAGAAAUCGCCAUGGAAGAUACUGAAUGUCCCUUCGGCGGUUGUAACAUACAGCGACCUGACGUUCCUAGGGUCGCAAAGCAUCAGUCACGCCCGGCUCGCGAAUCUGUACUGUCUUUUGGCCUGUUCAGCCCUCCACCUCACCGUGGAUCCAUCCAUGACGCCGGACUUGACGGACCGCUGGCGGCCGGUAGCCGAACACGCCUAUCACGUAGCGAAAGACCACAUGCAGAUGUCCCUGAAGCAUGAGACGCAGGAGCCGAAGAAGGCUAAAUACAAAGACCAGCUGAUGGCCAUCUGCGCGCUGACAGAAUUUGCCAUCUUGAGUGGUCACCAGCAGGAUGCACGGUGCUACCUGAUCGACGCAGAGAGGCUACUGCGUCUUCGGGGGUUGUCUAAAGUUCGUAUUUCGCAAAAGGCACGCCUCCUACACCACUUGUAUACUUGGCUACGAAUUGUGGGAGAAAGCACCUACGCGCUGCACGAUUAUACACCCUCGGAUUCCUUUAUGGAGGCGCUCAAGCAUCGCUUUCGGUAUCAGAAAGUCGACACCAUACAACCCGCGGACCGGUCACGGCUGGACGAUUUCCUGCGUCUGGAUCGGCGACCGGCCGAUAGCGACUUGAACAUUGACGAGCCCAAGGAUACAGAGAUUGGUCUGUAUGACAUUCAUCUACAAGACUCACGAAAGUAUCCUGCUACGCUCUACUCCCAGAUCUACGGAGUCUCCGAGACAUGGCUCAGUCUGGUGUCUCAGACAACGAGACUGGCCAAUGUGCUGGAGACCUUUCGGGUUGCGCGGGAAGGCCGUCAGAAGCCUGUCAGCUUUGAUGCCUGGGAAACACUGCAUCGCCGCAGUGCUCGCCUCGAGAGUAUGGUGUGCUCACUGAACCAACGGCCAGAUAGCACAUGCGACUCGGACAGACUGUCAAAGUCGCAUGAAAGUCUGCUCCGGGCGUUGAACGCCGCGCUAGUUAUUUUCUUUUAUCGACGCAUCCGUCAGGUCCAUCCAGCUAUCUUGGAAGGCCAGGUAGACCGGGUAAUCUCAGCGUUGAGUGAAUUUGACGUAGCCUUGUCGGAUGCGAACCUCACGGGACCGGGUACGGUGUGGCCGCUCUUCAUUGCCGGAUGUGAAGCGACAACACCAGACCGGCGCAAGUCCAUUCUGAACCUUCUCGACAAAGGGGAAGCACGAUGUGGGUUUUCUGCCUACCAGACGAUGCGGGAUGUGAUGAAACAAGUGUGGGAGAAACAAGAUGCACAGAUGGGCAGUAGCCGGGGCGAGGCCAUUCCCACAUGGCUAGACAUAGUCAAACAGAAACAAAUCUGGCCAAUGCUAGCAUGACUACUAUGAAGCUAUUCACGAC